AUGCUUAUGCUGCUUGUGGCGUCAGCUGUGUCAUGGCCGAGCAGGACGGAGGUAUACCCGGAGCAGCAAGUUGGAGGGGCUGAGACGGGGCCAAAUCAACGGGGCGGAAGUGAGCCCGAAGCGGCAAGUGUCCAUCGGCCAGCUACCAAUCUGAACCGACUGCUUGUCAGCACUGGAUGCGCGUCUUACACCCAAAACCCGAGUGGCUGUACUCUUACUCACAGCAUUCAGCUCCAGACAGACGCUGAAAGUCGUGUAGUACAGACGGUUCCUGGUUUAUUGAAUUUGGCGUGUCUCUCUGUAGUCUACCGAAAAUGA